AUGAAGAAGUUCACUGAUCUCCACAGCCAGAAAGUGCAAGAUGACUGGAACGAGGUUCGAGGAAGACUCACCGACUUCAAGGAGAGCUGCUACCAGCUGGCUUGGGACUGUGCUGAGAAGCUUGGCCAAAUCGACUUGUCUGUCGUUUCGAUGUUUUGGUUUAUUGUCAAUGUUUGCUUUUUCGUGCCGAUUCGUAUGGCAUUUUCAUUGACCAUGUUGUUUUUCAGGCUUCCUUUCAUGAUCGCCCGACUCUACAUUUCUGCCAUGCUAUUCAUUCCCUUGAUUAUUUUCAAAGCGUCGAUCUUAGCGCCCGCAAGGCUUAUCAUCAACUUCGUUCGGGACGAGAACAGAGAGCUAGGCUUUCAAGAGUAUCGCAUGACCCACUCACUCCCUCUUCUCAAGGACCGUGUGACAAUGAAACUUUUGAGGAAGUUUCUCCGGUUGAUGAAAGUUGAGGUCGACGACACUCAACGUACCACCACCCCUACCCCAGUGGAGCUUCGCUUAAUGGGCGAGUGA